GACCAAUCAGACUGCUGCAGUUUGGAUCCUAUUCAACUCAGUACAUAACAAGGAGUGAAGAUCUCGAACUAUAUAUCCUUGUUCUUCCUGUGUGUGACAUUUAUUCUGUCUGGGGUGUUUCUUCCUGUGCUUGCAAAAUGUUAUGUCUCUUUUUCUGCAAAGCGUGUAUUGACUGAUUUUAUUUUUUUUAACUAUUUCUGGUGCGUGGGUCGUUGGGCUUCUGUGGGUUGCAGACAUCCACACAACACAGCAUCCUCUGGAGAAAAAAACAAAACCACGCAGGGAGCAGCAGCUUCCCUGGCAGGGCCUCAAACGAGGCCUCCUCGACGGCGCCCUGAGGAGAAAGAAGGCGAAGGCGGCAGCGGCGGCUCCUCCUCCCUCAUUUUUAAAAGCCACAUCUUCCCCCCGCCGCCGCCUCCUUCUCCUCUCCAAAAUCCUCCCUCACUCGACGGCUCCCUCGCCAAGGAAAGAGGCGGGGUCUCCUGCCGACGCCAUUUCCCCGCGCCGGCCUAGUCGGGCCCGCCCAGCGCCGACGCCUCGACUCUGGGUAGGUAUCGCCGCGCCAAGGCUCAAAAGGAGGCGGCGGCGGCGAGGUGAGGUGGGAAAGCGCCCAGCGCUUCGUCAGCGGCUUCCCUGGGAAGGGUGCCUCUGAGCAUGUGCAGGGAGUUCCGGUGUCCCGCUCUCUCGGGCUUGGUGUGCUCAAGGCUUAUUUCCCUGCGGGGGGCAUGGAGCCGUUUGUCCCGCUGCAUCUCCCAUGCAGGUCCCCCCCUCUUAAUUUCCUCGACCCUCCCAUUGUAGGGGGAUUUCUCGGUCCCUGACUGUCUCCCCCUCCAAAAACCCCCCUCAACGCCCCCCCUUUUUUGCCUAUGCGACCUAUGCCCACCCCACAUUUUCUCGUGGGGUGCUCAAGGGUGACUCCAGCUAGCCACGCGCCUGAUGCUUCUCUUUGGGAAAGUCUUUGGGACUUCGGAGCCAAGUUAUUCGGAAAAAGUUACGCCUAUAAUUUCUACGUGCUCUGCUGCUAGUGCAACUUUUUUAUCGGGCAAUUAAAGUUGCCUCUUAUUAUUAUUCAUUUAUUGUGUUUCUAUCCCACCUUUUUUCUCCAAAUGAGGCAUAUGUUGUUCCUGCCCCCUCAUUUAGUCCCCACAACAACCCUGUGAGGUAGGUUAGGCUGUCUGUCCCAAGUUCAGCCUGUGAGCUUCACGGCCGCAUGGGGAUUUGAACCCUGGUCUCCUAGGGUCCUGGUACGACACACUAACCAUUACAUCACACUGACUAUAAUGUUGUCUAGCCCUUCUUUAAAAACAGGUGCUGAGCUGCAGAUGGGCAAAGCUGGGUUAAGGGAGAAGGGUUAAAAUGAUGAGAUUUAUUUAAAAACCUGUUAGAUUUCUUUGAAACUGGCUGCUGUUUAUGGGUGCUUUCAAGCUGUCACUAUUUUCAGGUGGAAUUCAAUCAUGUACUGGCCAAUUUAGGUUGCGCAAUUUUAGUUGAUUGAGAGGUCUUGACAUUUUGCAGUAGGAAAAGUGACAGGAAGAUGCACUGGAAGGUGUGGGAUGAUAACACUUGCUUUGGUGCAAUGUUAUUCAACCAGUUUCUGGGAAUAGCAAGUGGGGAGAUUUCUGUUGCAUUUGGGUCCUGCUUGCAGCCUUCCCACAGGCAUCUGAUUGGCCACUCAGAACACGGUUCUGGACUAUUUAAAUCUUCGGCCUGAUCCAGCAGGGCUCGUUUUAUUUUCUGUAUUGUAUUUGUAUUGUUAACUGCUUUGGAAACUUUAGCUGAAAGGUGACCUAGAUAUCCCAAAAUACAUAACAUAUGCCUUAACCAGUAUGUAUGUAUGUAUUUAUUUAUUUAUUGCUUGUGCUGUCUAUUCUAACUUGCCUUUUCCUCUUCUCAUUGCAUGUCAGGCAUAGAGAUGACACUCCUACUUAGUUUUCAGAUGUCCUGACUCUUCAUUUGCUACCAGCCAUGGGUCUGAAAGCCAAACUCCAACCACCAACUGUGGAGGUUCCUGUCAGGGUGGCUGUACGCAUUCGACCUUUACUUCCCAAGGAACGACUGCAUGGGCACCAAACUUGCCUACAAGGUGACCCAGAGACUAAGGAAGUUACUCUUGGGCGCAGCCGCCAUUUCCACUUUGACACAGUCUUCACCGAAUCCUCGGACCAGGAGUCUGUGUAUGCUGCUUGUGUACAGCCGCUGGUGGAAGCUUUCUUUGAAGGUUUCAAUGUUACUGUGUUUGCCUAUGGCCAGACAGGCUCAGGGAAGACCUACACCAUUGGAGAAGCUAGUGUCUGUGAGUUCCAUCUUUUGCAUGAAUAGCAUGUCCUGCAUUCUUCUUUCCUCUCUACCCAGGGUACAUGUAGCCCUAUUACUUUUUAUUGUAAAGGCAGGGACUGUAUUGUAUGUAAGCCACUCUUUAAACAAAUAAGAUAAACCAUAGCCUGCAUCUGAGCAAGUGGACUGUAGUUCACAAAAGGAUCCAGCCUCAAGGGCCUGAUUUCAUAGGUGGGUGGAGCUGCCCAUCUGUCAAUCACUUGAUGACACAGUGGUGGCAAGUGACUGUGUGCUUUCAAGUAAGGAAGUUGAGACUUUAAAGCACCCAGUGUAGCCGAUUUACUCUCUCCAAAAAUGUGAAGCCGAUUUAAAUGUUUUGAGGAAAUUUUUCAAUCAGGUUUCUAAAAAAGCUUUUGUAAGAAUGAUUCACUCCAAGGGAGCUAAGAGGGUAAACUUUGGAGGAAGCUUGGUUCCUUGACACCCAUACCACUGUGCCACUAGCUCUAUCAUAUGUGUGUUUGUGGCAAGUGGGCUAAUAAAGUACAGUUGUACCUUUGAAGUCAAACGGAAUCCGUUUCAGAAGUCCGUUUGUCUUCCAAAAUGUUUGGAAACCAAAAUGCAGCUUCUGAUUGGCUGCAGGAAGCCCCGUCGGACUUUUGGCUUCUGAAAAUUUUUCAGAAACAAACACUCACUUCCGGGUUUUGAUCGUUCGGGAGCCGAUUUGUUUGGGAGCCAAGGCGUUUGAGAUCCAAGGUAUGACUGUGCUUUGUGGGUUAGUAACUUUUGUGGAUUCCUUUUGCAAGGCUGCUGUACAGUCUCAGGUGGGGACAGAAACAUUUUUCAGCUUCAUGCCUUACUUGAGACAACUGGGGACUCUUGGAUAAUCAGUGUAAUAUCUGCUGGGAUUUGGCUGUCUGAUUUAUUGAGUAGACGUGUGUCCCCUUAAAGUGUGCGGGACACACUUUAAGGAGUGGACUGCUAAAUUCAUGCUGAACUGUUAUUGAAGCCUGUGUUCUGCAGCCAAGUUGCCUUCUGAAUCAGUUUGGUUAAAAGCAAACAAUAACCCCCUUGAGUAUAAUAACUUUCUUCCUGAUGAUUAAAUUAGUUCCCCACACAUCCAUUACAGCUUGCAAUUUCCCCCCAACAAACGUGUUUUCUUUGUUGCUUCCAGCUUCCAUCAAUGAAGAUGAGCAGGGCAUAAUCCCACGGGCCAUGGCUGAAGCCUUCAAGAUCAUGGAUGAGAAUGACUUGCUGGAUUACACGGUCCGCAUUUCUUAUCUAGAAGUGUAUAAGGAGGAAUUUCGGGACCUGCUGCAGGUGGAGACAGCUAGCAAGGACAUACAGAUCCGGGAAGAUGACAAGGGCAAUAUUGGUAAAAGCGAACAAACGGUUGCUGCUAUUGCUUCCUGCAUCUUUAAAAGCCUGACUUCUCGUUGUAGUUUCAAUUGGCAUUGCUCCUUUUCCUUGCCAUUGCUAGGUGGCAAAUUGAGCAGGUAGCACUUUGGUUUGCCUGGUCUGCAUUUUGUGGAUUUAACAAUCUAGCACUUCCCUUUUUACCUCUUCUCCCAAACUGGAGUUUAGUUCCCUCCAGCUUCCCUGGCAUGGCUGAAAACUAGGCUUGUACAGGCUUCUUGCCCCAGGAUUUACCUCUUGAAUCAUACAUUAUUUCAGGAUUUGGCUCCCUGUACACAGUGACCUUGCUGUGCCAUUAUUAGCCCGAGUUAUUGCUUUCAUUACUUAAUUAAUUAAAUGGGUUUUACUUACCCUCUUGUUGCUCAGCUGUUUAACUCACCUUGAUGCUUUCAUCAGCUGGGGCAGAAAAGCUUCAUCAGCUGGAGCUCCCUUUAGCUCUUGAUUUUCCCUCUUUGCUAUCCCUCUUGUUGCAGUGCUGCAUGGGGUGAAGGAGACCGAAGUGGAAGGCCUGGAUGAGGUCCUGAGCCUACUGGAAAUGGGCAACAUGGCCAAGCACACUGGGGCCACCCACAUCAACAGAAAGUCAAGCCGCUCGCACUCCAUCUUCACCGUGACCAUGGAGCAGCGCCGCAGCGCCGGGCGUCUUACUCGCCUCACCCUUCAAGAGAAGGUCUUGGUUCCAGCCUCUGGCCAGGUUCUUUCCUCCAAAUUUCACUUUGUGGAUCUGGCAGGCUCUGAGCGGGUGGUGAAGACGGGGAACACUGGGGAGAGGCUCAAGGAGAGCAUCCAGAUCAACAGCAGUCUUCUGGCUCUGGGCAAUGUAAUUAGCGCAUUAGGAGACCCCCGCCGGAAAGGCAGCCACAUUUCUUACCGGGAUUCCAAAAUUACCAGGUAAGUAGUAUGCUGUUCUUUUUAUCCACAGUGGCAUGCAUUAGGGCACAGUCCUGUUUUCUCAUGUCUUGACUGUGCUGUCGUUCCACUUGGGGGGGGGGGUUCUUCUCUUUCUGUGUUUCCUAACUUGGACUUGCCGCUUGGAAUCUCUGCUAGUUUUGUCCCGAUUCUGCUUCUGAGGCAGGCUCAGUAGUCGGAAUGUUCAAUUUUAUUGUCCUCCUUGUCUGUUCAGCUUCAGCCUUGCUAAUGGAUGUACAGUGGUACCUUGGUUCUCAAACUUAAUCCAUUCCGGGAGUCUGUUCAACUCUCGAAACCAUUUGAAAACCAAGGUGCAGCUUCCGAUUGGCUGCAGGAGCUUCCUGCACUCAAUCAGAAGCCGCGUCAGACAUUCGGCUUCCAAAAAAUGUUUGCAAACCGGAACACUUACUUCUGGGUUUGUGGCGUCCGGGAGCCGAUUUGUUCAGGAGCCAAGCCAUUUGACAACCAAGGUACCACUGUACUGAUUCCUGUCAUAUUCUUCAGGAUCCUGAAAGAUUCUCUUGGUGGGAAUGCCAAGACUGUGAUGAUUGCCUGCCUCAGCCCUUCCUCCUCUGACUUUGACGAAAGCUUGACCACGCUGAAUUAUGCCAACCGUGCACAGAAUAUCAAGAACCGGGCGGUGGUGAACUGCUGCAAGGAGACGGAGCACAUGGAGCAGCUGCAGUUGCAGAUAAAGAGCCUGCAGAGGGCGCUAGAGCAGCGACACCGCUCCGAGACACGCAUCAUCAACCGUUCCGAAGCUCCCAUCAAGCGGCCUUCACAGGAUAAUGCCACCCGCUUGCAUGCAGAGUGUAGCCGUUACAGGACCUGUACGGACGCCGCGUACCAGCUCUUCAUGGAAUUGCAAGGGGAAGGCAAUCUGACUGUGGACCAGAUCCUGCGGGUGAAGGAGUGGUUGUGUGCUGUGGAGAAUGAGAGGAGCGAGCUGAGCUCAGCCUCUGGCUUAGACAGUGGCAUUGAGAGCACUUCAGUGGAAGAUCAAAACCAUAAGGCGGCAAGUUCCAAGCCAACUAAGUCUCAGGUACUAUUAUUUGCUGCUAUUAUUUUUUCAGAUUUCUUAGCCACAAGGGUGAGCCACAACCAUUUUUUAAAAUCCCAUUUAAAAAAAAACCCCCCACACACUUUAAAAUACAGUGGUACCUCGGGUUACGUACGCUUCAGGUUACAUACGCUUCAGGUUACAGACUCCACUAACCCAGAAAUAGUGCUUCAGGUUAAGAACUUUGCUUCAGGAUGAGAACAGAAAUCGUGCUCUGGCGGCGCAGCAGCAGCAGGUGGCCCCAUUAGCUAAAGUGGUGCUUCAGGUUAAGAACAGUUUCAGGUUAAGUACGGACCUCCGGAACAAAUUAAGUACUUAACCCGAGGUACCACUGUAUAACAACAAUCAUAUAACCCCAACUAUGGUGGCUGCCUUCGAAUUUCCUGAUUCAAUUUGAAGUACUGUUUUUGACCUAUAAAACCUCAGGACUCCAGUAUCUUAGGUAGCAAGUGUCACCCUCCUUUCUCUUUGGCAGAAGCAAGAAGACCACAUGGAAGGAUCUGAAGCUGUGAGAGAAGAACACAUGGCAAGGUUGGAGAGGCAGGUGGAGCGUUUAGAGGAGGAGAAUCGGGAUUUUCUAGCCGCCCUUGAGGAUGCCAUGGAACAGUACAAGCUGCAGGUAUCACUUAGGCCAUGUGCAGACUUCCUCUCUUGUGGGCACAAUGGUGAUCUUCAGACAGAGAAAUCCAUAUUUGCAGCCAGAUUCUUCUUGUCCUCCCUUUUACUUUCAUUAAGGUUUCGUGCUCUCUUCUUUCCUUCACUCCACUAGGAAGACAAUUGGUUCAUCUUUUGAAAAUGAGCCCACACCAGCAUUUUUACAGGUCACCUUUCCAACCUUUGAGUUUCGGGAUUUUUGCUUGCAGUCUUCGUUCAGCUAAGCUGUCACUGGAUGGGGUACCCAGCAGUAUCUGCUGGGCUCUUAAUACAUGGAAGAGUCCAUCUUCCAUCAUCUUGCGUAUUGUUACUCUAAGGUAAAGGGACGUGGGUGGCGCUGUGGGUUAAACCACAGAGCCUAGGACUUGCCGAUCAGAAGGUCGGCGGUUCGAAUCCCCACGACGGGGUGAGCUCCCAUUGCUCGGUCCCUGCUCCUGCCAACCUAGCAGUUUGAAAGCAUGUCAAAGUGCAAGUAGAUAAAUAGGUACCGCUCCAGCGGGAAGGUAAACAGCGUUUCUGUGUGCUUCUCUGGUUCGCCAGAAGCGGCUUAGUCAUGCUGGCUACAUGACCCAGAAGCUGUACGCUGGCUCCCUUGGCCGAUAAAGUAAGAUGAGUGCCACAACCCCAGAGUCGGCCAUGAUUGGACCUAAUGGUCAGGGGUCCCUUUACUCUAAGGUAGGUCUAUCCAGAUGCUGUUAGAAUCCAGCCUAGCCAGCAGUCCAGGAUGAUGAGAGCUGCAGUUCAACAUCUUCUGGAGGGCACCACAUUGACUACCCUAUGAGGCCACCAAAACUUGUUUCGCCCUUCCCCCACAGAGUGACAAGCUGCAGGAACAACAUGACAUCAUCUGCAAACUACAGACAUACCUGCAGACGGAGAUGCCCAGACUUGGUGUUCCUGAAUUGCUGCAGAACGUCUUCUUGGUACAGCUUGACCAAAGGCCUCACACAGCUCCUGUGGAUGCUGCCCAGUCUCACCACCGGCUUAGGCUUGCCCGUGAUAAGCACAGCAAGGUUUGUGAGCUACCUUGGGGUAUUCUAUCAUGAUACAUUGAGUUUUGCUUCCUCUUGAGUGUUGUCUAGGAACAACCUAUUUCACCUCCCACCAGCCCAUCAAUUUAAGCAAAUUCUGCAACAAUAGAGUUGGAUGUCCUGGAGAUUUGAAUUUAAAGUGGUGAGAGAUGUAAAUACCAUAUUGCUUUUAUUCGAGGUGAGGCAGAGAAGACAACAUAGACUUUGUGUGUAGAAAAUACUUCUGAUGCAAAGUUUUUGUGAGGGCUUUUCCUUCAUUUCUUUUCUUCUCUCGACAACUUUUCGUGUAAAAUUGGGAGGUGCUUCCUCACACAGUUUUAGCAUAACUCUGGAGUGAGUGGGAGGAGCCUCCCAGUAUAUCAUUUGUCCACCCACUGAAAAGAAUUAACAGCACAGUAAGUCUAAUGCAAGACCAUGCUGUAGUCUAAACCACUGAGCCUCUUGGGUUUGCUGAUCUGAAGGUUGGCGAUUUAAAUCCCCGCGACGGGCUAAGCUCCCGUUGCUCUAUCCCAGCUCCUGGCAGCCUAGCAGUUCAAAAGCACGCCAGUGCAAGUAGAUAAAUAAGUACUUCUGUGGCGGGAAGGUAAACGGCGUUUCCAUGCACUCUGGUUUCCGUCACGGUGUCCCGUUGUGCCAGAAGCGGUUUAGUCAUGCUGGUCACAUGACCCUGAAAUCUGUCUGUGGACAAACGCCGGCUCCCUCGGCCUGAAAGCGAGAUGAGCGCCGCAACCCCAUAGUCGCCACUGACUGGACUUAACCAUCCAGUGGUCCUUUACCUUUUACUUUUUUGCCUAGAAAUAUUAAGAAGCUGUUUGCGGAUCACAGGUAUCUUGUGUGUGCUUUUACUGGAUAUAUCUGCCACAAUUACAUUUUCAGGUAAGGGAGUGUCGGGGUAGAAAACGGGUUAGAUAAUCUGGUGAACCUGUUACUCUUUCAGACUUCCUUGAAGGAGUUAGAGCUAAAGAUCUGAAGUUUCCCCUUCAGAGGACAAAUAAUUUCAGGGUGCAGGCAUCACGUCAGGGACAUUUCACUUCUUAUCCCUUUCUCUCCCUCUAAACAGCUGUGCAGUGCCCCAACCCUCAAUGGGAAGAACUUGUUGGUGUACCGCCAAAGACUGCCUUGUGGCUUGACGAGCAGCUUGGAAGCUAGCAGUACAAUACAAACACAGGAGAUUGACAGGACUUCAGAGCAGGCAGCGGAGCCAUCUGUAGAGAAGGGAGACCGUGAACAGAUAAGGUCCCUUUACCGACGCAGGUGAGUGAAGAGCCCUGAUGCUGGACUUACAGACCCACCUACUUCGCAUAACUCUGGUUCAGUCUCUAGCACUCCACCUGGCUAUCUCUUCCUGAGACUUUGGAGCAGUGUUUCCCAAACUUGGGUCCCCAGUGGUUUUUGGACUACCAACUCCCAUCAUCCCUAGCUAGCAGGACCAGUGGUCAGGGAUGAUGGGAAUUGUAGUUCAUUUCUAGGAGAUGCGAUGAGGUUGAGGGAACCUUCUUUCAUAUGUGUUGUACCUGUAAAAGGGUAAAAGAGUUUUGGGAAAUAAUCCAUAAUGAAUUGGAAAUAAUCCAUAAUGAAUUGGGGGGGAAAUGUUUAAAAGUACUUUUUUAAUAAAAAAAACGAGUCCUUUUUUCCAGAUGGAAAUUCCCAGGUGUCAAAAAAGGUUAUGCCACUACUGCAGCCCCUAAAUGGAAAACGAGCGAGGUCCCAACUAAAGAAGAAUGGCAACUUGGGAUAUGCACAGCUUGCAGACUUAACAUAUAGAAUAAGAGAACAAAAAGAACAUACAUUUAGAGAAGAUUGAAAAAUGUUUCUUGACUAUAUGGGGGGAAAUUGUGUACACUUGAAAAUGUUGGCAGCAUUAAGAUAAAUUCAACCGUGUAAAUUUGUUAUGAUGGAUGUGAUAAUGGACUACUGAAUGGUUUAGUUUGUAAAAUAUGCAGGGAGCUAUGAUAUGCAAAAUGAACUAUGGAAAGAGACGAAGGGAAGUCAUUGAUAUUUUAAGGAUGUUUAAAUGAGUAUUCUAAAUUGUAAAACAGAAUUUAAUAAAUAUAUGUAAAGGAAAUGUAGUUCAAAAAGCUGGAGACCUAAGUUUGGGAAACACUGUUUUGGAGGGAUACUGAUUGUGUGAAAUACCUUGCCUUUCUGCCAGACUCAGCGACUUCCUUGUCAGGUCUGAAAUUGUCAGUGGCUGAAAUUGGAAUGUCUGAGGCCCAGCUCUUGCAAACACCCAGCUAACACAAGUGGGAGAACAUUUUAUGCAUGAACUGCCCUUAACAAUAUAGGGGAAUGUUACUGACUGGCUGAGCAGGCAUGCAGAUGCUGCCAGCUUGGAACAGGGCAGUUCAGAUAAUAAAAUAGAACAUUAGCCCUGUUGCAGAAAGGAUGCUGCUCUGUGCACAAAAUCUUCUAUUUCUUGUUGAAAUAUAUAUAAAAAAUGUCCAGUGGCACCUUAGAGACCAACUAAGUUUGUUCUUGUUAUAAGCUUUUGUGUCCAUGCACACGGAAGCUUAUACCAAGAACAAACUUAUUUGGUCUCUAAGGUGCCACUGGGCUAUAUGUGUGUGUGUGUGUGUGUGUGUGUGUGUGUGUGUAUCGACUGUGUCGGACCAACACGGCUACCUACCUGAUUCUAUUUCUUGUGUGAUCCCUUAACUUUAAUUCAUCAAAGGUGAUGAAUUCCGUACAACGAAGGGGAAACUGACUGAGAUGCCACCAGCUUUACUUCUGUCUGGACUCAGGGUGGGGUGUGUGCUUUAUAAUUUCAACUUUUCUCUCCCGCAUUGUUUAUGCAAGCCCUCUGGAUAAAGUGACCAAUUUGGUUGCCGUUCUAGAAACGGGAUCUACAGCUGCAGCCAGGAGGAGGUUUCGGAUAAGAGGAGCAGCAGACAAUGGAAUAAGAGCAAUCCAGCACAGAUCCAGGAGGAGCCUCCAGAACCCUCUAGAGGUAAGAGGAGAUUGAGUUGCCCCUCUCAGAACUCUCAAUGACAGGACACCCUGAAUGCCUCAAGCUAUACCUGGACUGGGCAACUCUUUUUUUAAAAAAAAAUAUUUUUAUUAUUUAUUAUUAUAUUCAAUUUUACACUAUACAUUUGACUUCAAACCUUAAUCAAAAUCAUCAACAUUUAGGAUUCCCCGAAUCCUUAGACUUCCCUCCACCCUUUCAUGGUUUCCAAUAUGAAACUUUUUCUGCUGCAUCGUAUAUUUUCUCCAUUUUUCUUAAAAUAAUCCGUAUUUACCUUAGUUUUCAAUACAUUACAAGUUUUACUCAAAUCCUGCCAAAGUUUUUAGUUGUUUACAGUGUUCUCUUAAGUAAAUUCUAAAUUUUUCCCAAUCCUUAUUAAGGUUUCUACCUGAUUUCUGAUUUCCCCGGCAAUUUUUGCCAUUUCGGCAUAGUCCAUCAUCUUCAUCAACCAUUCGUCUCUGGUCGGGACUUUAUCUUCUUUCCAUCUUGUAAUGGAUUUAGGGGUUGCUCGUGCGUAAGUUGCCGCCACUGCUGGCGAGGUUACCUGGUUAAACCCUUUCUGACUGAACAGCCUCCAGCAUCGUGACUGUCUCAGUCGCUGGCAGAAUCCGUCAGUGGGCGUUUCUUGAACCUUUUCCAGCAUAAAAGUUGUUUGACGCCAAGUCUCCUCCUACCCUCCCUGCGCAGAAGACUUCCGCGCAGGGAGGGUGUGGGCAGCGGAGUACCCGUACUCUCUCCGCUGGUCUCCGGCGAGGAGUCUUGGAGCCUCCUCUCCGAUUCCCCCAUCUGCCCCCCUUCUCCACUGGUGUUACGCUGAUUUCCUUCCCCAGCAGAUGGGCUGUCUCUCUCCCUACUGGGACCCUCUCCUGCAUCCCUCUGGAGCCUUCCCUCCGCCUCUAGCUCCGAUGGCAGUUCCCUGACACAUCUCUGGCCAGUAGUAUCAGCGCUGCUGUCGUCGCAUGCAUAAAUAAUAGUUUCUGCCCCUUCGGUAUCUCUGCAUCUAAAAUUCCUAGUAAAAAAUGCUUCUUCUCCCCCCCCCCAACGUUAUUUUAAACAUUUCUUUCAACUCAUUAUAUAUCAUUUCCCAGAAAGCUUUGUUAUUUUGCACAUCCACUGCAUAAGGUAGAACGUGCCUUCCUUCUCCAGCAUAAAUUAAAUACCAACGAUACAUCAUUUUAAUAUAGUUCUCUUUCAACGAAAAUUUUAAGUCCUUCUUUCAUAACUUUUCCCAAUAUGAAAAUUGAAUAUUAUGCCCAAUAUCUCUUUUAGGCAACUCUUGCCUUGGUGCCUUCUGUCCCUUCACCUAUUUGGAUUGGAUUCUUGCCAGGGCACUUCUAUAUUUUGCUUCUUUUUUCCGCAGAGGACUGCAGGAGACCAGAGCUGAGCAGCCUUGGAGAAGGCUUUUCAGGGAAGGAUUCAGAGUGGCGGCUGCUUCAAGCCCACCAGAAGAUCCGUGAACUGGCAAUCAACAUCCGCAUGAAGGAAGACCUGAUUGUGGAACUCAUCAAGACAGGUGAGGAGCACUCUUAAGUAGAGAUGUAGCUUGGGUGAUUGACUUGAGGAUAGGGGAGCUUCCCCCUUUAUAUAUUCUCAGAACAACUGGAAGGGGUGUGUGUGUGUGUGUGUGUGUGUGUGUAUGUAUGUGUGUGUGUGUGUGUGUGUGUGUGUGUGUGUGUAUGUAUGUGUAUAUAUGUGUGUGUGUGUGUGUGUGUGUGUGUGUGUAUAUAUAUAUAUAUAUAUAUAUAUAUAUAUAUAUAUAAAAAAUCUUGGUUGUAUGGCUUGAGGAAAAGCAUUCACCUCUCUCCAAGCUGAAUGAGAGCCAUUUGGCAGUCUUCUGCCAUGUGUAUGUGUACAGCACAUAAAGCCAGAAAGGAAUUACUUUGGUUUUCUUUCAAGAGUAGUAGCUGUAUUGUUUUGUGUUCCCAAAAUAAAUGCAGCCUCUGUAUACUUACUUGAGAGCAUCUCCAUCAAACCCAGAGGGACUAACUUCUGAACAGGCUUGCAUUGAACUGGAAAUUCUUAUCUGAGGUAUUCUUAGUGAAAAUUGAAGCAAGACAAAGUGUUUUUUUGUGUGUGUGUCAAUAUUUUAUACGUGAAAAGUGGUCUGCAAGUUUUUAAAAUACUCUGGUUUUAUCCAGAACACUUUUGUCUCUGGCUCUGCCAGUCAUUGUCUCUAGCUCUGCCCCUUCCAGCCUGCAGCCCCCAUAAGAAAAAAAGGUUGCCAACCCCCUGUGGUAAAGGGAUAAUUAAUUCUUAUCUGUGUCAUGCUGCAAUAACAAAUAUUUACUGCCAUUCAGCCUUCUUAUUCCUUUUCUUUCCAUUCCUGUUCCCCAUCACAACUUCUGCUUGUCCUCUCUUUUUCCUGGUCUAACUUUCCUUCUCUAUUCCCUUUUUUUAAAAAAAAUGAUUUUUAUUGGUUUAACAAAAUUAAAUUAUAAAAUCAAAUAAGAUUCUUCCGAAUUGUAGGACUUCCCUCCUCCACUCCAUGGGUCCUUUGUAUAGCUUAAUCAACUGCAUAUUAUAGUUCAUCCAAAUUACAAUCCUCCAAAGUAUCCAAAGUCUUUGUAACAUUGCAAGAGUUAUUCCUUCUCUAUUAUUCCCAUCCUGGUUUACAGUUACGAUUACAUCCUUACCAAACACUGAGCUGAUAAGACUGCUGCUGUCACGUCUUCCUCUUCCUAAUUGCUGGUGGAAGCAGAGAUAGGAGUCUGUCUUAGAGUGUCUUGAUUUUGACCUGCAAUUGAUCUCCAUGAAGUUUCCCUUCCCCUCCUUAAAAUGAUUUUGUUUAUGCUGCUCCACUGACCCCCCUCCCCACAAAAGCCCACCCCAGGUGCCAGACUGGCCUUUGGUGGUGAUGCCAAGCGUCUGUGUCUUUCAGGGAAGCAUGCGCAGACGAUGAACAAGCAGUAUUGUCAGAAAAUCCGCGACUUGGAGCAGGAAGCAGAGCUGGUGCGAGUGGAAUUAAACGACGGCCAGAGGCAGCUUUGGGAGCUGGAGGGCAAGGAGUCCCGAAACCCCGCAGAGAAGCGGAAGCUCCAGGAAUACCGUACCAAAGUGGCAGCAGCUCAGAGCAAGGCAAAGGUGAGCCCUGGAGCACUACUAUAUUGGGGGGUGGGGGGUGGCAGAGUGCCAGGGUGUCUCAAAAAGGCCUCUUCCAUUUUGAGAGCCUCCUUUCGGUCCCUGGCAUUAGCUGUCCUGCCUUAUUGUCCGUCCUGCAACAGAUCCUGCAAGAGAAGAAGCGAGUGACUGAGAAGCUGGCCUCUCUCUCCGCUCAGAACGAGAAGCGCUUGCAGGAGCUGGAGAGGAACGUGCAGCUGAUGCGGCAGCAACAGGGGCAGCUGCAGAGGCGGCUGCGGGAGGAGGUGGACCAGAAGCGGCGCCUGGAGACAGAGAUGCACAAAGGGCAGCACCGUGUCAAGGUAGGGGUGGCUGGGCUUCAGUGCCAAGGCCAGAGAGUAUUCAGGAGCAGUGAUGGCCCUAGCCAUUCACAGAAUUGUAGAGUCGGAAGGGACCGUUUUAAAGAGAACAACACUGGUUGCUGCCAUAUUCUGACCUCGGGUUAAAGAAGCUAGUUUUAACCUUAAAAGCCCUUCAAGGCUUUGGGAUCCAGGGACCCCUUGUAUCAACCUGUGAGAGAAUAACAUUUUCCACUGAGGCUCCUCUGACUGCCACAACCAGUAAUCAAGCAGGUGGAAACAAAAGAAGUCUCCUUCAUUGGCGACACUCUUGCUAUGUAAUCCAUUCAUUUGGUACCCAUAAAAGGUAAUAUAAAGGUACGGUGAAGGACCCCCUGGAUGGUUAUGUCCAGUCAAAGGCAACUGUGGGGUGCAGCGCUUCAGGCUGUGGGAGCUGGCAUUUGUCCACAGACAGCUUUCCAGGUCAUGUGGCCAGGUCAUGAGUAAACCACUACUGGCACACGGAGGACCGAGACGAGUGCUAGAGGGCACAGAAACACCGUUUACCUUCCUGCUGCAGCGGUACUUAUUUAUCUACUUGCACUGGUGUGCUUUCGAACUGCUAGGUUGGCAGAAGCUGGGACAGAGCAAUGGGAGCUCACCCUGUCACACAAAUUUGAACCGCUGACCUUCCAAUUGGCAAGCCCAAAAGACUCAGUAGUCUAGAUCACAGCUCUACCUGCGUCCCAUUUGGUACCCAAUUAUAAUUUGGUACCCAUAUUAACUUUGUCACCAGGUUAAGUCUUUUUUUAUUCUCUGGGGCAUUUUAAAUGAAUUGAAGUUCUAAUUUUAAUGGAGAAGAACAGGGCUUUUUCUGGCACCUCUUUUUCUAGAAAAACAGCACUGGAGAACAAUAUACAUAAUAAAUAUAACUACCGGGAACUGAGUUACCCAUUUGGCUUUCUGAAUAUGUUUUGAUGUUGCUAUGAAGGGUUGUGCAUAGAAAUGCCUUUAAAUAAAUGAUACCUUGCGGGUCUGACAGUUUCCUCUCCACUCAUCUUCAGGAGUUGGAGCUGCAGCAUGAGCAGCACCAGAAGAUCUUGCGCAUCAAGACCGAGGAGAUAGCAGCAUUCCAAAGGAAGCGCAGGAGUGGCAGCAACGACUCAAUGAUCAGUUUAGAACAGCAGCAGGUAAUGGGGCUCGAGGUUGGAGUGUGAAAUGCCCCUUCAAAAGGGCAGGAUUGGGAGCAAUAAGUGCUUUUUGAAGGGUUAAUACAGUUGUACCUUAGUUGACGAACACCUUGUGAGUAGAACGGUUUGGCUCCUAAACACCGCAAACCCCGGAAGUGACUGCUUCGGUUUGCGAACUAUUUUUGGAAGCCGAACGUCCAACGGGGCUUCCGAUUGGCUGCAGGAAGCUCCUGCAGCCAAUGAAGAAGCCCUGCUUUGGUUUUCAAACGUUUUGGAAGUCGAACAUACUUCCACAAUGGAUUCCCUUCGACUUCCAAGGUACGACUGUAUAAUAGUUAAAUCGUUUCCUGGGUUUACAAGUCUUGUCUUUAUUUUAUUCAGUUGUGUUAUGUCCUGAAAUUGGGGGAACAUAGGAAGCUGUAUUACACUGAGUCAGACCAUAGCUUCAUUUAGUAUUGUCUACUCUGGCUGGCAGUGGCUGUUUAGGGCUUCAGGCAGGAGUCCCCCUUUCCCAGCCCUUUUGGGAGAUGCCAGGGAUCGGAGUCUCUGACAGCCUGAGUCCCUCCGACAGCCUCUCCCUCUGCCUUGCCUUCCCAUCAGAAAAUCGAAGAGCAGAAGAAAUGGCUGGACCUUGAGAUGGAAAAAGUCCUUGAGCAACGCCGUGCCUUGGAUGAGCUGGAAGACGAGCUGACCAAACGGGAAGCCAUAGUGGCCAAAAAGGAAGCGCUCCUUCAGGAGAAGAAUGGCCUUGAAAACAAGAGACUCCGCUCUAGCCAGGUGAGCUUUGGGUGUGGAAGGUGAGCUGCUCGUUGCCAUUAUUUUCUUUGUGGCAAGUAUAACGUAAUCCAUUCUGAAUGGUGUUUUUUUUAGUAAACCUGGGGUGGGGGAGUACAAAAACGAAGCUUACAUUAAUGAAUCUGUUCAUGGAGAAGGUGUAAACGAAAAUGAGGAAGAAACACUUCAUUGAAUUUUUUUUGGCUUAAUUUACAAGUAAAUAUAUAUAGGAUUUGGCCGUAAUGACCAAAAUAUGCUGAUGGCAGAAGGAAGCUGAAGGAAGAGAGGGGUGGGGGUUGCUGCUUAGGAGAGAUGCAGUGGGGAAAGGUGGCUAUGUGGUGGCAGCAGCCCAGUUCACUCCCUUGUUCAUUGUUUGGUGCCCACCUAGGAGAAUGUGGCCUGUGCAGAGACUCCUCCCCAUUACAGUGGAACCUCGGGUUAAGUACUUAAUUCGUUCCGGAGGUCCGUUCUUAACCUGAAACUGUUCUUAACCUGAAGCACCACUUUAGUUAAUGGGGCCUCCCACUGCCGCCGCGCCGCCAGAGCACAAUUUUUGUUCCUAUCCUGAAGCAAAGUUCUUAACCUGAGGUAAUAUUUCUGGGUUAGUGGAGUCUGUAACCUGAAGAGUAUGUAACCUGAGGUACCACUAUACAGUGUAUAGUGGCUGCUGGGGACAAGACCUGAGGAGAGAGUUCCUUCUUGGUUUUCGCCUUUCACAACUCAUUCCACUUGCGGGGCGGGGGGAGGACGACGACACAGAAUUCUCCGCUGAAAUCUUCAUGAAGGCAGAAAGUUGCCUGAGGGUUGAAGGGAGGUGCCUCUCCCCCUUAGGAUAAAUGAAUAGGGUCCUCCUUCAUGAACAGGGGACUCGAUCAAGGCUAGCUGCCAUCCUCCCUUCAAAGAUAUAGAGGGGGACCUCGGUUUAAGAACAGUACUGUUUACAAACGAUUCGGUUUAUGACCUCUGCAAAACCGGAAGUAGUGUCCCGGUUUGCGAACUUUACCUCUGUCUAAGAACGGAAUCCGAACAGUGGAAGGGCACCGGUGGCAGGAGGCCUCAUUAGGGAAAGCGCGCCUCAGUUUAAGAACAGUUACGGUUUAAGAACGGACUUCCGGAACGGAUUAAGUUCGUAAACUGAGGUACCACUAUAAUUGUUUUAUGCUAUGCCAAGAUGUGUCCCCUCUUUUCCCUUAUAGUUGCUAUGCUAUUCCUUCUUUGAAUAGAAUUAGCUCUGUUAGCUCCCUCCCCUGAGGAAUUAAAACCAAGCGAUGGUUGGUAAACCACAAGGACAUAAGCUGCAACCGGCAGACUUGCCAUCCUAAGGAUCUCUCUCCCUUCCCUGUCCCUUGAUUCUUUCUGGCUUAGGCCCUGAAUGAUGACAUCAUGCGGGUGUCCAGCCGCCUGGAGUACCUGGAAAAGGAACUGACGCAGAAGAAUGGGCAGCUUUGCCACAGCAGCACGCAUGAUCAACAACAGAUCCGGCAAGAAAUUAACAACUUGCGGCAAGAGAAGGACCAGUUGCUCAAACAAAGGCUGGAGAUAGACAACAAGCUACGCCAGGGCACCUUGCUGUCCCCAGAGGUUAAUUGGCAGUCUUUCUUGUUGCAAGUAUAGUUGAUGUACUAGAGAUGAUUUGUUUCUUUUUCUGUGAUUUGAGCAGCUAAAUGUAAGGACUGGGAACCUCUCUGCCCAGCAGAACUAAACGUUAUUAGUUGCAAAACAACUAAAGUUAUCCUUUCCCUCUCAAAAGUUUUCUUGCUUUCUUCCUCUCCAUUCAGGAGGAACGAAUCCUUUUCCAGCUAGAUGAAGCCAUUGAGGCUCUAGAUGCUGCCAUUGAAUACAAAAACGAGUCAAUCACUUGCCGGCAACGUGUUUUGCGGUCCUCAGCCAGUCUCCUAUCCCAAUGCGAGAUGAACCUGAUGGCCAAACUCAGCUACCUCUCAUCCUCCGAGACCCGGGCUCUGCUUUGCAAGUAUUUUGAUAAGGCAGGUGUUGAAUUGUGGCUCUGCUCCAUGGAGCAAUGCACUGUCCAGUAUGAGCACAUGAGAGGCCCAGGCCCUUACCCAGGGGUGCAAAACUUUUAGUCAAGCUUUGGUCUCUCUCUUUCCCUCCAAGCCAGCUCCUCCCUGCAGCUUUCAGAGCAAAGCUCCCUCAAUGGUUUUCCUGGUUCUUAAAAUAUAAUAAAUAUAAUACCUUUAUUGUCAAUGUACAACCUGUGUACAAUGAAAUUAACCGAGCCUCCUCCCCCCUCCCACAAACACUCAAUCUCAUUGCACUCUGUGUGCUUGUCGCACAACACACCAACCCCGAAAGUCAGUUGCACUAUAUUAUUUUCCGUUCAGCAGCCUAACAGCCCCAUGGAUAGAAACUGUUUUUUAGCCUGUUGGUAUGACUGAUUAUACUUCUAUAUCUCCUGCCCGAGGGUAGAAGAUUAAAGAGGUGCUGGCUGGGGUGUGAAUCGCCCCUGAGAAUUUUUCUCGCUCUCCUAAGGCAACAAUCCCUUGUGAUGUUAUCUAGCAGAGUCAGGGGACAGCCCAUGAUAUCAUGUGCUGUAUUCACCACCCUCUGUAAAGACUUUCUAUCCGUGGCUGUCAAGCCAACGUACCACAAUGUGAUACAGUAUGAGAGGACACUUUCUAUUGUGGACUGGUAGAAGGAGGUCAUCAAUUGUUGUUUAACAUUGCUCUUUCGCAAGACCCUGAGCAAAUGGAGUCUCUGUUGGGCCUUUCUGACCACCUGAGUUAUGUUGAUUUUCCAAGUGAGGUCUUCACUAAGGAAGGACUUUAAAGGAAGAGACUCUCUCCAUACAACUCCCCCAAUAUACAACAGGGCUAGUUCCCCUCUCUUCCUCCGAAAGUCCAACACUGUCUCCUUUGUCUUGCUAAUAUUUAGGUGCAAGUUAUUCUCUAGGCACCAUGUAAAUACUUUCUGAACCUCCCCUCUGUACGCUGAUUCAUCUCCACCUGUAAUUAGACCCAUUGUGGUAGUAUCAUCUGCAGACUUAAUAAUUGCAGUAGAUGGAUCAGAUGAAAUAGUCAUAUGUCUACAAUGAGUACAGGUAGGGACUCAGCACACAUCCCUGUGGGGUGCCAGUGCUGAGCUUCAGGGAGGUAGAAGUAAAAACAAGCACAAUACCUUAAACCCGCAUUUGGACUGCCACCAUUUUGGGCAGUAGGUUGCAUAGGAAGGGAGCAAAAAGGCAUCCCUACACAUAGAAAACUAGGAUGUCUGGGGUUAGAUUGGAACCCUUCUCCCUGAAAUACCCAUUCUCUGUGUGAGGGGAUUUUUCAUUUAUGUUUUGCACAGAGGAGCUCCCAGCCUCCAUCUGCAGUGACUGUCCAAUCCAGACCCAAGCGAUGGCUUCCCACAUUAUCACUGGGAAUCUCUCACUUCAUGAAUCUGUCAGUGUCAUACGCAUACAUUGUUUCAGUUCUGUUAACAAGAUGAUGCCUUAGUUGUGAGAAGACCAUGCAGAAAGUUUGUGUUUUUGGCCAGGUGGUGACUCUGCGAGAGGAUCAACACAGGCAGCACAUUGCCUUUUCCGAACUGGAGAUGCAACUGGAGGAGCAGCUGCAGCUGGUAUUUUGGCUGGAAGUAGCACUGGAGCGCCAGUGCUUGGAGAUGGACCGCCAGCUCACCUUGCAGCAGAAGGAGCAUGAGCAGAACAUUCAGCUUCUGCUCCAGCAGAGCCGGGGUAACAAAGGGCCUUUGUAGUCAUUGGUGAAUUACAUGGCAUGUUAAAUCUUCAGUUGGACAAAGUUUGCCAGUCCUCAGCAGACUGCGUAUUUAAUUCCCUUCUCUCACAGAGCACAUGGAAGAGGGGCAGGCAAACAGCAGGCUUCAGUACCAAGGAAGGAUCCAGGCACUGGAAAAAGAAUUGGCGCAUUACAAGUGGGCCAACCACGAGCUGACUCAGAAGCUGAGCAUGAGCGAUUUGGAGGGACAAGGCAAAGGUGAGGAUAACCUCGGCUCUGGAGGCUUAAGUCUUUUUAUCACCGCCACUGAUGACAGUUCAGAUGUGGCUAUUCUACACAGCAAGCCCAAGCACACAGUCCCAACCACGUCUUGAAAGGCAAAGCGGUGGACUGGGUUCCUUAGAACAGGGAUGAGCAACCUUUUUCAUUCAGAGGUCCAAAUUCCUGUGCUGAGUGGGGUCAGGCAAAAGUGGGCAGGGCAUUUGGAGUAAAUUUCACCUUAACACUGUAAACUAGUUUUUGCAGGCAUUUUCUGCUCUCCAUCCAAACGAUAUACAUUAUCAGAAUUCAAGGACACACGCCAGCCGGGCAUUGGGAGUGGUGUGGCUUGGGAGGGCUGUAUUUGAACCUUAGACCUACCCGCGCCUUAAAAGUAACAGAGGCCAAAAUAGACUGGUGCUUGCUGCCAAAAAAAAUUUAAACCUGAAAACAGGGAAGUAGAGGUGAAUGAAUGGGGACCAUUGUUGUUACACCUACUUGGUUACAGUUGGAAAUGAUAAUUAGGCUUUGGAGAACAAGGGAGUUAUGGACUGGAGCAGCAUUUGAAGGGAAGUUGCUCAGACAGUGGCUCUACGUGGUUGUUGUGGGCCAUCAGUCUUAAAAUGUUUUGGAACCUGCUUUGUGGAGAGAUGUACACUGAUGUUGGAAGGGCUGUAGCACAUAUGCCCAGCAUGGAAAAAUGCUCAGCUUUAAUCUCCAGGUAGGUAAAAGGUGAAAUCAACACAGCCCAUUUUAAUAUAUUUUUUCAGCCCUGGCAUUCUCAAAACCGGCAUUGUUAUGAAAGCCAAUUGCAGGGGGAAACCAGUUGAGCUCACCAGCACUGUAUUUCUGAAAGAGAUAGGGCCCAGUCUCUCUGAAGCUAUAUUGACCAGGGCCACAUUAUCAAUCUCUGCCAUCAGAAAAAAAUAUAUGUAUGCUUUUGUUUCCUCCACAGCUUUUUCUCUGAGCAUGUGAACAGAGAUUGCAGAGGUGGACAGACUUCAGGCUUACUUAGGGUCUUCUAUUAGCUCCCAAGAUCCACAAUCCAUAGGCAAAUGCAAAAAGACAUGCACUAAAAAUCAAAAGAAUUCUAAGCCCAGGAAUGGUCCCCCAUACCCGGGCACGAUGAUUGUCCCUGGUUAGGUCAAGCUUUCUUCGCUUUAGUAGUAUAAUUUGGGUGUGUUGUUUAAUGGUAGUAACAAAACAAGUGGGAUUUGGAAACCCUUGCUGAUCUACUUCAAAUCACCCAGAGGUCUCUCCUGCAAUACCAAAGUUGGGCAGAAAGCAGGCAGUGUUGAGCUCAAUGACCAAAUGGCUUAAUUUUACUAUACUCCUGUUGGUUUUCUCUGUACAGGGAAUUGCCGAUUUUUCGGUCCAUUUUUGUUCAUUACACAGCACAGACCCUAGGAAAUUACUUUCUAAAAUGUUCUCCUCUUCUCAUACAGGUAUGGAAAGAAUCACUUGUGCAGCCGAGGACAGACCUGGUUCGAUUAGAAUACAUGGUGACUUUAGUGCGAGUAGCAUGUUGGAUACCGUGCAGAUAGAGCUCUCUGAAAGAACCCACAGAAGCGGGGAUGAACCCCGGGACCUGGUGCAUGCAGCCUUGCCAUCCACCUGGAGGCGGUCUUCAUUAUCCAGUGCCAACACCUUAGUACAGGAAGACUUUUGCCAGAAAGAGACAGACUUCUUAUCCAGAGGUGGCCAGAUCAAGGAAGCAUCUCUGCCACUGAGCCUAGCUCCUCUGCUGAAGUCUCACAUGGAGCUGUACAGGACUGGGCUGUCAUAUCCAGAAAUCAUUGAUGUCAGGAAAAACCCAUUCUAGGUCCCAGCUUCUCCCUGCUACUCUUGCUCAAAGCUUGAGGGGUAUUGCCUACAGAACAAGUGUAUUGUUACAAGUUGCUACAAGUAGUAAUUGAUGGCUAUGCUUAACUUAAGGUGCAAAUUAGCCUUCUGUCAUACACUAGAGAGGAUUUUUUUUGGAGGGCAGAAAAGCAGUAUGUCAGACUUUUUCCUCUACAGCAGUGACCUUUGUAUUUAGCUGCAGUACCUCCCAGAGGGAAGACCACUACCUCUGGCAAAACGCCUGUCUCUGGAGAGAUAGGAAAGUCAGAAAUAUUUUUUGCUGUAGGCCUAGAGACAUGUAAAUAGUUUAACUAGCCUUUUAUACUGUAGCUUCUAAUAAAUGAGUAACUUUUAUAAGGGCUUGAAAUACAUUGUUUCCUUCCUGUUCACAAUUUAACCAAAAGUAUUACUAUUUAUACUCCCUUCCUAGCAGUAUUCAAGUACCAUACAGCUUUGGAGGGUAGACUGAUGCUAAUUUCAGUUAAUUUAUGAGCUUUAAAACCUAACAAUAAAUAUUAGUUUCCUUCGUUUCUUGGCAAGGAAGAUGUGAAAUUGUUUUUUGCAUGGUACGUAAGAGAUAUCCAGUUCCCUAGUAUUUAGCUAGCACAAAUAAAGAACAUUCUUUCAGUACCAUAAGAGCAACUUACCAUAUUAAUUUAUUUUACAAAAGUACUUUUUAAAAGCAGUCAGUUUCACCCAUCAUUUAUACCCUUUAGUGCUGAAACCCUGAGAGGAGCCCUAUGAUGACACGCUCAUAGCUUAAAUUUAUAUGGAGACACUACAGCUUUUCCUCACAGAACACAACUGUGAGUUCAUGAGCAAGAGGUGCUUCCAUUGUGGCUGGCAAUAUCAUCUUCAUUUUGGUUUUAAAGUCAUCCAAAAUGGCUUUGUCAUCAGGCUCCCAAGUAUGUUCACCAUCUUUUUCCCAGGUUCAGCUGAGCAGCCUUUUCCGUGAGUAGGUCCUCCUGAUGGAAUGUUGUCUCAUGGUUGUACUGUGAAAGGGGGAGAGUUCUUCCUCUGCAGCUCCAAAUGCAUCAUUGUUGUCUCCUGUGUAGGAAAGCAAUAAUAUGAAAAAUACUGGCAGGCAUAGACAGGAGAGGCAAGCAGUUGUAAGUCAGCUAUUUCCCUCCGUGGAACAGCAACUUUCCAUGAGAGAGCAAAAUAUCGAAUAGCUGGUGAAAGAACCCAAAGCAGUUUAAGAAUAUAGCCUUCAUAUCCUGUUCUGCGAGAACCUAAAGGGAACUGGGUAUUUUAUUGCUACAGGAAGGUCUUACAAGAACCAUUGGACUAUAUAUGUGUUUGCAAUUUGGCUCUUUGCAGUUCAGGCUUCUUCUGAACACCACUCGGGUUCAAAUAAACUGCAUUUACCUGUGGGCCAUUUCCUCAGGGAUGUGGUGUGGCCUUGAUAGAGCAGUGGGGACUGCGUCAGUGCCCGAAGUCCAGUAGCAGAGAUUGUGCUCUUCCCUGAAGACGUUGGUGGAGUCAUACCUAGGAGACGUGACAAAAGAUAUUAGACACAAACCCUGGUUGGAGGUUCCAACACUUCUGGUAGCUAUGUAGUAUUCAUAUGUGCAAAAUGGCAAAAAUAGGGCUUGGGUUAAGGUGAAUAGAUUAAUCAACUACAGCUUGAUCCUUUGAGCAUGCAAGUGCAACCUUCUGUUUACUAAAUUCUAAAAUACUGAAGGAAAGUUAAGACAUAUCUAAACGACUGGUCGACAUUUUGGUAAUAUGCAAAUUGACUGUUUAGUUAUCUGCCUUUAAUAAAUUAACAGAACAAUCCUAUGCAAAUUUACUCAUAAGUCCCACUAUGCUCAAUGGAGUCUACUUCCAAUGGUGUGCAUAGGACUGCAUCUUAAAAACAUCUGAUCCACUGAUAGCCCUUGACACAAGAUGUGUGUUGCCCCAAAACUGCUGGGGGGAAAGAAAUACCACUAGCUCAUUAGGGAAGCAAUUAGACUUGUUUGUUAACCCUGUAAAUUGCAAUGCAGAUUAAUGGUGCUGUAUAAAUUUGGCAUAUUAAUUUAUUAAUUUGGGAGUAUUAAUUUAAAAAAGACAGUAGUAAAUUGAAAGUUCAUAAAAGCAGAGCUGGAAGAGAUUAAGUUUUGAUUCAAGGCCCUUCUCAAAGGCAUGACCUUUGGAUCUACCAUGCCACAAUCAAGCAGGUACACUGUAGAACGGUUCCUACAGCUGGGAUUUUUUAAAGACUGAGCCUUGCUUGGUGUGUUGGUAGGGCUGGCCAGAGGGUAAUUCUAGAGCAAUAAAGGGGUGUGCGGAAAGACGC